AUGCUUGACUACACCCACGUGCUCGACUUGAAUAAGGCAUCAUCUAACAAGAUGUUGCUGCCACAUUUGAAUCUGCCUCUGCCUAUGGACACAACUCCUGGCGACGAGCGAAAUUUUUUGUCUGGAGGAGCGAAAAUGCCCGUUCCAUAUCAUUUGGAUGAAUCUGACAGCGACUCCAUUGUAAGCGUAGGAUUUUGACAUCGCUUAAGUUAGUUUUAGACUUAAUUCUGCGAAGUCUGCUUGCUAGCCAUAUUGCAUCGCACAUCGUUCGAUGUGAUUACGACAGUAACAGAAAUUUACAUACAGAACUUUUGCUUAUCUAUGUCUCCGCAUCGUAAAUUUUUUUUCUCUUACGGUUGCGGUACUUUUAUCUGCCAGUUCUAGGAAAGUGACAUUCUUUGCAGUUCUACCGUUCAGAUUUGUUAUAAAACACUGAAUCAAUCAUGUUAGGUCAGAAUACUAUUAUUAGUGCGUAUUAACAAACACUGUGUUUUAACCUGACUUAGCAAUUUUAUCCUAAGCAUUUAUUGUAAAAUUACCCUAUGGAAUUGAGUUGUUGUCGAAUGUUUCGCUUCCUUCGAAGAAUAUUUUACGUUAAAAUAUAUAAUCGGUGUUUUCACAAUUAUUAUCACGCACUCUUCAUUCGCUUUGAUAAAGCAUUGUACCUCUUUCUAAAGGUGGGCGAAAUUGCGUGCGUUUCAACGCUCGCUUUAAUAUAACCAAGUAUGGUUAAUUUGACAUUAAAUAUAUUUUACUAAACAAUUUUUUUUGCUCUCUACGGAAACAGGCAUCGAGUGAAGAUGCCAGUUAUACAGAACUCGUUCCAAUGAGUAGUGGAGCAGCAGACGAGGUGAAAGUGGGACUUCGGAACGCAAUUAAAACGCGAAGAGUUGCCCAAGGUUUGGAUGGAAUGCCGCUAAUCGAAGCGAAGAAACCAAGACUUGAAGUGGUAUGUUUAAAUGUCGCGUUUUACAUUCUUUGCGUGAUUCUUGUCGUUUAGUUUACGCGCGUUUGAAUUCAUAAUAAAACGUAAUGUUGUGGCUUAUCUUUAUGCUAUUAAAUUUGUGGUUUUCCGUCAUAAGUGUUUUGAGUGGCAUCCAAGGUCACGUACGUUAAAAAUAAUUUCCUCUUGAUUUCAUUUCUCGCUAGCUUUCUAAAGAGGAAGAAGAGAAACGUCGAAUUCGAAGAGAACGAAACAAGGUAGCGGCUUUUAAAUGCAGGCAAAGAAGGAAGGAACACAUGCAGAAGCUUCAAGAUGUGAGUACUCGAUUUUUACAACUUAUUAUUCAUGUCACGCUCCCAACCGGAAAUGAACCUGUUCAAGUCACGUGGAUCAUAUGAUGGUUCCGUUUCAGUUCCGGUUUAGGGAGAAUUUUUUUCUUUAUCAACGGAACCUCAAUCUCAGUGAUGAAUAGGCUCUACCUUAAAAAUAAUUCCACGUCAUUUCCGACUUUUUGAUUCCGUGCGCUUGUCGCUAUCCUUAAUGCCCACUAUAAAACCAAAUUUGGUAAAAAAAAGAACGAGGAAUUGUGAGCCAUAUCCCGAACUCGUGGGUGUCGGAUAGGUGUGGUCCCCGUUUACUCGAAAGAAUUCUCUAGAAAAUAACAUAAGGAACAAACAAUUGUAAUUUAAGAUAUAUAAGAAAGUAAUUAAAACACUCUAUAGCUAUUAUUAAAAUUAUUGAGGUUAACAUCGCAGACAGCUCGUCUGAUUUCCUCGUCAUCAAUCAAACAUGGGCGGGUCGAGCGACGAUGUUGAGUGUUUUCAAUCGAAAAGAAGAUCAAAACACUACUUUCGUUAGUACUUCACUAUUAUAUUUUUCUGAAUGCGUUCGUAAUGAUCGAAUGAUAACAUCCUUCGCGCAAAUUUGGUUAGCUCAAUGGGACGUAAACAUGUACGAUUAAUUUCAGUUUCAUAUAUUCCUAUUAGUUCUGCAAUGCCUAGUUUCGAACCUUAUAUUGUAUUUCAAUAUGAUGAUAAGCAGAUACUCGUAUUUUAAUGUCAGCUUCGUGGAAAAGCUUCGCUGACGGACUUUUUUGUUUUUCUUCUCAUCUGUAGGAGAGUGAUGAGUUGAACUCUGAGAGGGAUUCUCUGGAGAAAGAACUGGCGGCCCUUACGGCGCAAAAGGAACAGUUAGAGAGUAUGUUCCGAAGCCAUAACUGCAUUCUGAAGGACUCUAGGUCGAAUGGUAAUAAAACCACCUCAGAAGACCACGGCAGCGAUGCUAAGUCGCCCCAUUCCUGUUCGGCGGAAAUGGCAAAAUCAAACGAGUCAUCCAGUCCUACGAGUCCAGUGCCAGAUUCCAUAAAAGCAUGAGGAAUACAUGUACGUAAAGCGUGUUACAAACUGGUGCAACCUUCGUUGGAUAUCCAUCCGCAGAGUUAAAGUUACUCAUGGAAUCAAAGCAUUUGAUUACCACGCGAUGUAUCCAUAUUAUUGCAUGGAUUGCUCUCCAAAUGGAAAGCAUAAACACAACUCGUCUACUGAGUGAAAAAGACAUUUAUACUUACUAAUUUAUUUAACCGUUCACGAUGAACAAGUUUGGUUAAUGAAAUCCUCUACGGUUUUAUUAGGCAAGAAAGAGAAAAAGAGAAAAAGAGAAAAGUGAAGGAUAUAUCAGUUGUUGUAUCCCAUUCAAUUUGUCAAAUAGAAAUGAGAGAUUUUAGAAAUAAUUUUAAGUUAUUGAACAGAAAGAAAGAUUGACUAAUAUAUGAUAAAUUUAAGUUCUGUUUCACUGUCUUGGAACAUGUUUAUUUUGCUUUUGAUUUCGUUUCGUUUCGCGUCUAGUUUAUAUUUUAAAACUCUUUUUACAGAGAAAUAGUCGAAGGUUGCGAGAAAGGAAAUUGAUUUUCGUGAAGCUGUCGCUCGUGGUUUUAGAGUUUAAAACGGACGAGAAACAGAAAGACCGAAAAAGAAGGAAUGUUGGAUGAUUGUAGAUAACAUAGGAAAUAAUUUCAAGAUAGAUGAUAAACGCAACGUUGGGUGGAAAUUCAGUCGGCUCUAUGAAAAGCCUUCACGACUUUACUAAAUGUAGAGGUGUUUCGAAAAAAAAAAACAUUCAUUUUAGGAGAAGUAAUCAUAAUAGGACAUGUACGUAUUUAUUAAAUGAUAUUAUUGAAAAAUGUAGGAUCGAGAAUUAUUAGUGAAAACAGAUUGACGGGGGAGAGAGUGGCCAUGAACUAUUUUAUUGUUAUGUAAAUAAAACGUUAAUUAGGAGUACGUUGUGUUUCCGUUACAUAGAGUUGUUCUUCCGCCGUAACGAGUCAAAAUAAAGUGCAGUUUGAGCGUGAUGUAGUCAAAGUUAGUUGUCAGAGAUAGUUAAUGUCCUAAAGUGUGACAGCAACAUUUUUCAGAGUUAGUGUGGUUUGAAUGAAAGGAGUGAAAAUUAAUUUAUUGAGCAAAACUUAGCGGUACCACUAAAAGAUCUUCGUGGAC